AAUCAAUAUUGCUUCAUUUUCUCUCAACAUGUCUGAUUAUCAGUUUUUUGAUGAAUUCAAGUGCCCAAAACGUUAAUUACACCACACAAAUAUUCAAUUCAAACGUAAAAAUUGUCAUAUAAGCAUUAAUGUGAGCAACAAACAGAAAAGUAGCAAUUCAAAUUUCAGUUUUCGGUUAUCAUUUGUCACGUUCGAUUUUCUUUUGUUCCAACAGGUACUAACUCAACAGUCGGCGUUACACUGUUCAAAACGUUGCUUUUGUUUUUGCAAUUUAUCGUAAGUGUUUAGGUCGUAUCGGUUUAGUUAUAGAAUCGCAAUGCAACAAACAACUAUUUUCGUCGAAGAUUGGUUAUGUUACAACACAAAUUUAGGCGAAGGAGCCUUCGGAGAGGUUAAACUUCUCCACCAUCGUAAAACCGGAGAAAAAAUUGCAUGCAAAAUUAUUGAUCACUGCAAAUACAAAGAUGCCAGCCAGCAUAUUAACCGGGAGGUCAUGAUCCAUAAAGUUUUGGAUCAUCCAAACGUAAUAAAAUACUUUGGUAGACGCCAGGAGCCCACCAAGGAAUACAUUUUUCUGGAAUAUGCGUCUGGUGGUGAACUCUUCCAGUUGAUUGAGCCUGACAUUGGCAUGCCUUCGUAUAAAGUACAAAUGUAUAUGAAGGAGCUGCUGCAUGGCCUGAGUUAUCUCCACAUGAAAGGCAUAGCACACCGAGAUAUUAAGCCAGAAAAUUUGCUAAUAGGUGCCGAUGGACUAUUGAAAAUCAGUGACUUUGGAAUGGCCACAUUGUUUAGGUUCAAGGGCAAAGAACGGCUUCUUGACAAAAAAUGUGGUACAAAACCGUACUUAGCUCCAGAAGUAUUGAAAAAACCGUACAGCGCCAUGCCCGCCGAUAUUUGGAGCUCGGGCAUAGUACUCGUCGCCAUGCUGACUGGCGAACUCCCCUGGGCCACCACAACAGAUGACAAUGAGGAGUUUGAUAAAUGGAAAAAAGAGAUGUAUUUGCAUGACACACCUUGGAAAAAGCUGGGCAACACUGCCUUGUCUCUGGCCAAGCAAAUGCUGACAAUAGAACCUGAUAAGAGGCUUACCAUUGAGAAGAUUCUUAAGCAUCCUUGGAUGAAGUUCACAUUUGUGCCUGACAACGGCUCAGACACGAUUGAUUGUUCCGGAGAGAAAUUCGCCAGGAGAUUGAACUCGAUGAUGGAGGCGGAAACUAAGCAACAUCGAGACACUCCAGAAAUGGCACUCUCACAACCAAACCUCUGCGUCCACAAACCGCUUUCUAUUAUGCAGCUGGUGAAGGUUAAUAAUACCUCCAACAACAAGAAUUCCAUGUACUUCUCUCAGCCCACUGAUAUUGAGGAUAUGAUGAUGAGAGUUACCCAGAGUCCAAUUACUAGAGAUAACUUUGAUGAUUUUGUCAAAAGUAUGACUAGAUUUUAUGUCAACACCUCUUAUGAGAAGAGUUUAGAAGUUUUAUGUUCAACUUUGGAUAUAUCUCAUUACAACUGGAAUACUGACGCUUCUGGAGCUGUGGUUAUAUCAACGGUGGACAUGAUGAAGAAUCCAUUGAUUUUUAAAGUCAACCUCAUCAAAAUGGAUGGAAAGGUUUUAUUAGAUUUUAGACUAUCAAAAGGCUGUGGUAUUGACUUCAAGAAAAAGUUUAUGAAGCUAAAGGAGUCGCUCAAGGAUAUUAUAGAUAAAUAAAUGUUUAAUUUUAACAAUUUGUUAAAGCAUAAUGAUUAUUUUUAAGAAAUCUCUAGUCCUCCUGGACUUAAAACAAGGGAAUACUGAGAGUUGUUUUAUUACAAAAAGACAAUAAAAGUGUGUUAAUAAGUAUUAUUCGUUAAAAAUGAGUUAAGAGUUUCAUGUUUUGUUUAUAUUUUGUGAUAAUAAAGUUUUUUAUGUUUGUAA